GUUCACGGCAAAGUGGCUUGAAUGCAGGCGGAGGGGACCAACGGAAGGAGAGUUGGAGGGGUCCUUUCCAAUCAACUCAGAACAGCACGCAAGCCCGGAGAAGCCAAGAGUUCAUUGCCUAAAGAGAGAAAAGGCUAGGAGAAACCAAAGCUUUGGCUUUCCAUUGAAGUACUAAGGAGCUGCAUUAGGACAGGGAGCCUGCAGAAGAACUUGACAGCUGUAAGGAAACAACGAUGGUUGCUUCUGUAGAGAUGACGCAGAGAGUGGCAGCUGUGGCACUUGUUCUCGCCUUGGGGAUUGCUAUGCAAUCAGUGCACGGAGCGCCUUUCAUUGUGGAGACAAACAGUCUGCGGGUUAAGACUACUGGCCAAGUCUAUGAUACUGCAAUGGCCGCCUUUGGAGUUCCCAACUACGGAGGCUCACUGACCGGGCAGCUGGUGUAUGUCAGUGCCAAUGCCCAGGCGUGCACGCCUUUUGCAGAGUCCCUGACAAAGGGCUUGACACCGGGCCAAGUCCCAGUGGCGCUCAUCGAAAGGGGUGGUUGCACAUUCGUGACUAAGACAGUGAACGCCCAAGCUGCUGGAGCCCAAGCGGUGCUGGUGGUUGAUAACACGUUUGAGGCGCUCGCUACCAUGGCUGUGACGGACGACCGGGACGUCCGAAGCUGGACUCAGGGCGAGUCGGUCACCGUUCCAGUUGCCAUGAUAGCCAUGAAGGACGGGCGGGCGCUCCUAGACCAACUUACGAACGGCGAGCAGAUUGUUGUGGAGAUGGACUGGCGGGAAGCGAUCCCGCAUCCGGACAACCGAGUAGAGUGGGAAUAUUGGGGAACCAGCUCCGGCGAGUGCGGUGCGAUGUGCGGGAAGCAGGCCGCGUUCAAGGUGGACUUCGCCGGCAUCGCCAAGGAACUAGAGCGAGGGGGCUACACGCUCUUCACUCCGCACUUCCUGAUGUGGCCCUGCCCAUCCGCGCCCGGCGCUCAGACGUGCACCAUGAGCUGCAUCGCCAAUGGCCGCUACUGCGCAAGCGAUCCCGACGGCGACAGCUCUGCAGGCUACUCCGGGGCGGAUGUUGCUCGGGAGAACCUCAGGCAACUCUGCCUAUUCAAAUCCCUCAUCGCUGCCGGUACUCCCUGGGAUUGGUGGACGUACGUCACGUCCUUCGACGCGCAGUGCUCCUUCCGGAACAACCGCUUCACGCCCGAGUGCGCUUACGACAUCAUGACGGGGCUCGGUGCUGACGUGGCAGCCGUCAAGGAGUGCGAGAGCGGCGCAGACCUCGACCAGCCGCACCCGCUGCUGGAAGCGGAGCUCUCGUCCAAGAUGGACCAGGAAGGCAGCGGCCGCGGCCAGGUCGUCUUCCUGCCAACCGUCGUGGUUAACACCAACCAGUACCGGGGUCGCCUUAACCCGUCCAGCGUACUUAAGGCCAUCUGCUCCGGCUUCGACGUCGGGUCCGAACCGUCGGUCUGUCUCAGCGGAGCGGUCGAGACCAACGAGUGUCUGGACAACAACGGAGGGUGCUGGGCGGGCCAGAACGUGACCGCGUGCGUCGACACUUUCAGGGGCUGGAAGUGUUCGUGCCCGACGGGGUACCUUGGAGACGGCUACCAGUGCCGCGACCUGAACGAGUGCACCGACGUCGAUUCCGCCUGCCCCGCCGACGAAGUCUGCGUCAACAGCCCCGGCUCUUACCGAUGCGACUGCAAGCCGGGUUAUGAGCGGUCCAAGGAUGGAACCUGCGUUGAACCGAGCGGUUGCAAGAAAGACAACGGUGGAUGCGCCCAGGGCUGCGUGGAUGCUCCAGGCUCCCACUUCUGCACGUGCGCUUCAGGGUUCACCCUCGCCGAAGACGGCAAGAACUGCACCGACGUCGACGAGUGCGCAACUAACGGCGCCCAGUGCGAGCACCGCUGUGUGAAUACGCUCGGCUCCUACUUCUGCGUCUGCCACGACAAUUACGUCCUGUACCCCGGGGACGGCGCGUCCUGCAUCCGGAUGGCCACCGACGUGCCACGUGGCGCCGAUCAACGGCUCGCGAGCGCGCUCGGCGUCUCAUUCCUCUUCAUGGUCCUGGCGGCCGCUGGGGGCUUCGGGCUCUACAAGUACAGGAUGAGGGCUGCGAUGGAGGAGGAGAUCCGCGCAAUCAUCACAGAGUACAUGCCUCUCGACGACGAUCCUGAGAUUGGCCUCGAAGACAAAAGCGCCCCAUCAACGUCGGCGUUCCAAAAGGCAACUGUCGCGCCAAGCAACGCAGCGGAGUCUUCCACCAGCGCUUUAUUGGAGGCCAGGGAUGCCCCCUAAGGGAGGCGCUGACUGGGGCUACUUCUCGGAUGCAAUUUGUUUCGGAAGGGAAACGGGAAAGGGAUCGUGCGCUCUCAAGAAAGGAAAGCAGAUAAGGUCCCGUUCUCAUAGCUCCACAUGUCAGUGUCAACAUGCGCCCUGAUUCGCAAGAGGAGCAGCAAGGCACACUUUGGGGUACUUUCAGAGCGCUUGGCUAGUAUGUUCUCGCGCCGUGCGACGUAGUACACCGAGGUUGCACGCUGGGCGAGCAGCAUUGCGAGUGCACACUGCCAUUUAAUGGGGAUGCUCAUUCGUGAGCAGGGUUCUUCGGAUGUCCGUUGGGAUUGCAUUGAAGGUGUACGAUAAUGGUUGUGAUUGUAGCUCGAACUAGUACGCAUUGAACUCCAUUCGAGUAGAAGCCUAGAGGCAUCGACAGU